AAGCCACGAAAUCUGCGCCGCUGCUCUACCCCCGGAUGAAGCCGACGACGCGUUGGCGCGGCACGGGGGAAACCAAGACCAAGACGACGAACUUGUUUUGGGUGACGAUCAGCACUGCUCUGGCCUCGCCAACGGCGUUAGACCACCGGAAGAAGUUACUUUUCUUGAAGAUGCUGACGAUGCGGUCGAGGAGACCCCUUCGGUCGCAUUUUCGCCGUGUUCUUCUCUCGAAUCGCAGUCGCCUCAAAGGACCGAGGUAGUUACUCUUCCUGAACAAGCUGUGUCCCCUACUGCGUCCAAUGAGGUUAUUGUUGGCCGCGAAUCAGAUAAUACAGAAGUACACGAACAAGGAAUGGACGAGAGUCCAGCCAUUCUUGCGACGUCCAAUUUGCGCCAGCUGCAAGUUGUCGAGGAGGAUAUCAACGGGCAGCACGAUACAUCCUCCACACGCGGCAAAGAGGUGGUGUCGACGCUGGACCUAGUUAAAGCAGCAGAAAACAACAAGGAAGAAGCGAACGCAUACUCCACGACCACACCCGCAGGAGUUCAUACUGGUGCUGCAGCUCCUCCGGCAAGUACUGGCGUUUUGGGGUCUACAACAACUGCCACGGCUGACGAUAAGGCCGUCCUCGAGCAGCAACCGAUGUGCGCGGCCUCUACAAGAACUUCCUCCAACGCCGCGUCGCAGUCGUGGCUCGAAAGCGAAGCACAGAAAACAGGAGGUGAAAGAACCACGCAGGAAAUAAGAUCUGCGUGCGCGACGUCGAGUGGUGAGCAGUACAUCUCGCGGCAGAUGAACUGCCCAGGGCCUAGUAGCGUAGAAGCUAGUGGUGCGCCCUCCUCUAGUAGUACACCUGGUGAAAUAAACGCCGGAAGUGCUUCGUUUGCUUCGGCGUUGAAUUUUUGGAAAAAACGUUCUGCAAACGAGACGGAGCUGUUCGGUAGUUGUUCUAUCAAGCACGACUCUCGUGCAAAAGCUGUAGAUGACGAACGGGGGCAAAAAGGGCAAGCGCGCAACAAGGUAGCUACGAGCAUCACGAGCACCAUCUUCGAAUAUUACGCAAAACACCACAAGGAUCAGGAGGACUACCAUCAGCCAGAGCAACAGAAGCCGCAGUCGCAGAUUGCGGGCACUAGGCUGCACCCAGAGCAAGAACCUGUCUGCAAGUUGCAAUGCUCUCCGGAAACGAGGACCACCCCGACACAGGCGCAAUUGCGAGGCGCAGAUCCAGAUGAAGAAAAGGACGCCCCUUGUCACCCGAGAGACUCAUUGGGCCUCCCUCCUGCGAUCGGAGGCAUUACGAAGAACGACAAAGCGAACAACGACAAAGACAAUGUGGAUAUGAUGAGCGCUGCUAGUCGUACAACAUCUCGCGAUGAAAAAAAGUCUGAUGGGGCCUCUGAUGUAGUUGUUAUAGCGGAUGACAACUCUUCUAGUUCUAAGGAAGUGGUAGAAGUAGAUGAAGAGAACCUUACUACAACAGCUUUUUUCGAACAAUUAGGACUAGUAGCUGCAGGGGACACGACCGGGAGUAACAAGGAGGACUACAGUAAUUCUAGUUGCAUUAAGCAGCAGCAGUACAGCUACAGCCCAGAUCAAGGCGGGCCCCCCAGCUGCGACUACCGUAACGAAGUCGCCCCCGCGGACUCGAAUUUUCUGGAUGCUCUUCUAAUGAAGCCAAACCUAAAUAACCCUGAUCAUGAAAAUAAAUGCGAAAAUGAAGAGGAAAGGGAACAAAGAACAGCGUCUCCCUCUGCUCCGGGCCUUGAAACUUAUUUGUCCUUGCAGAUGAUGAUGAACGAUGAAUUUGAUCCAACUGCACCUCCGAUCAUAGAUAUGGUGGACCACAUGGGAGAGGACCAGGCGCAGGAGGGCGCGGACGAUGCAGAAGCCCGAGCCAGAGACGAGCUGGAACAAGGCAUCGGGAGUUCGAAUUCCUCUAACCUGGAUCUUCCUUUGGCUUCCGCGUCGAACGGGAGCAGAAACAAAGGUGUGUUGCUCGAGGAUCCUUCGCUUCUGGCGCACGUCCUUCCGCAGCGACCGGUAUCGAACGCAAAAAAUGUCAUCGCUACUAUAUUCGUCGAGUAGAUAAUAUUCAUAUGACAGUCAACAAACAUGAAAAAGCGCUUCUCAGAAACGCACCAGUACUUCCCUGUAAGUACUUGACUAUUUAGUUGGCAUGAAUUUUCCUUGCAUGCUGAUGCUUUCACUUUUGCUUGCUAUGGGUCGGUAUGGGGCCAUAUUUCUAGAGCAAGCAACAUCUCUCGUCCUUGCAAGUCAUGGGCACAGGAUUGAAUGAAUACACACACUGGCGAUAGUUUUUUGCUUUCACACGCGUUGGACGAGGAAGAAGAGGACGAGGACGACUUGGUCUCUAUCAAUGACGACAAUAGGGAUGAGGAGCUGCUUGCCGAAACCGGGGCUCGGGAUGUGGACGGAAGCGGUGCUGCAGUUCUGAACAGCAUGAACUUGCUGGAUCCUAGCGCCGAAACUGAUGAUGCCGCCCGCGAAAGCCUCAUGAUGAUCUUGCAGAAUUCGCUCGCGCAAAGCGGUUCAAAAUCUCCAGCAGCAGCGGCCCGAAAUGCAGUGGCCCCGCUUACGCCAGGUAUAGUUGCCUGUAGAUGUACCACUUACUUUGACCCAUCAGAUGGGUCAAAGCAGAAAUAGCAGCAUAUCAGAAAGAUCAUGAAUGAUAGCGGAAAGAUCAUGAAUAACAGUAGGCACAUCAAGGACGGAGCAGUUACAAAAAAAGGGCUUCCUGAUCGCAGCAGCCGCGACACGAACUUGGACGCCCCGGCAAAAAAGCGGCCAUGGCCUCACUAUAUCCCCUUCCUCCUCCGGCUAUUUAGAUUUAUCGGUUAUCAAAGAAAAUCAAAAUGUAGAAAUCAUUCUCAUUGCGAUUGAAAAACAGUAUUUCUGUUGCUUCUCAAAUGCGCAUCAAGUAUAAAAAUUCGGAGCCCGACCAUGUUAUUAAACAGGCACGCCGCCCGGAAUGCCCCCCCAUAUGCCAAUUAUCCAUGGAGCAACAUCAUCUGGGACCAAACCCAGCGGCAUCCGCGGUGGCGGCAACAAACGCGCCGCCCCAGGCGACAACGCCAUCACAUUCGCAGACCUGGGCGACAAGAACGCCAUCACAUUCGCAGACCUGCAACAAGGUGGCAGCGGCCUGAAAAUGCCAAAGCCUAACCUUCCCCUUCCCAUGAUGGUUCCCCCCCAGCCCCAGGUAAAGCUCGACCUCGUGAAGGAUGCGCAUGGGAACACCGUGCAAAGGCACACCACACAAGUUCUACGCAUUGGAGAGUAUCCAAGAAAAUUAAGUGCUACAGUGAGUUAGUACACACUCUUGCAGACCACAACACAGCGACAAGAUGGGUCUGCAUGAAAUUCACUACCUGCUGCAAUGUGGAGCUGCAGAUAAUUACUUAAAAGGGAAUAAAACGGAAACCACGCUGUCUGUCAUUGUCUCCCGGCUCCUGCAACGUAGAGUGUACUUAACUCCACUGUAGCAUUUUUCCCUUGCAAAGAGAAGACGGGCACUUCACCACCGCGCCUGGGCACGAACAAGUUGCGCCGAUGAAACGCACCGACAGUAGCAGCAGUAGUACAAACAAACAAAAACAAGUGAUAGACCUGACACGCAUGCCGCAGCCCCCGAGCCCAAUGCGCAUGCCGGCCCUGAGCUCAGGCAUGAUGCCAAAUAAUAAGCAGGAACCAUCCUCCUCUAGUGCUGUGUCGGGCGUCGGGACCACCUCCGGCGUUGCCCCGGUGGAAGGCUCGAAGCAGCUACCCCGCACGGGGAGUGUAGAACCACCGCUCACGUUUCCAAAGCCGGCACUCCCCAACGUGCACCGCGAAUUUACUCUGAGCAAGAAGGAGUGGAACCUGCUCUCCUUCGAGGAGUUUAAGAAGAUGCUUGACGAAAAGGCAAACGCACUCUGCAGCGACAGAGGACUCCAGCCCGGUUCACAGGAAGCAAAAGACGUGGGCCUGACAUUUUCGAAGGUACGUAGCGAUAGCGUACAAGGGUUGGUGUCUUGUUGUUUUCGCUGUACGCACACUUAGUGCAGUCUCGCAGGAUCAUUGGAAUGAAAGUUUUAUGAUUAUGCUUUUUUACAACAAGAACUCUGUCUCUGGUCGUUCGGUGUGUGGUGUAUGAGACGCAGGCACGAGUUGUGACAUCGUAGGCAUGUUGCUAGACCACUGGCCAACGAGGAAAGUAAGUAUAAUAAAGGCAAAACCUAUCUCAUACAGGAUCUUACGGAGCAGCAACUUCGUAUCCUGUACUCGCGGCUAGCAUGGAACUCGAAGGACGACCAUGACCAGCGAGCCGCAAAGAACGCCGGCGGACAUCACGGCGGCAAGUCUGGCGCCAGUGCGGCUAAGACGCUCCCACUUCCACCUGCCAUCGGGAAGAAAGGCAACCCCCUGGGUGGGCGGGGUCUCGGCUACGGAAGGGACCACGACGGAGGUAAAAGUAAUACAAAUACAGAUUCAACAAGAACAGCUCCGACAUCGACUUCUAACGCUAAAAAUUUUUCGGCAGCGUCAGUGCCAGUGGACUGUGACCGUGUCCGCGUGUUGCGGACGACUUUUCUUAGUAACGACAGUGGGGGCAGCAGUAAAAAAAAAUCUACCACCGAGAUAAAAGAUCCGUCAAGUUGUUGCACUGAUGCGUCGGGCACCGGAACGACCCUACGCGUUCUGCGGACAACCUAUUUUACAACCGAUAAAGUAGUUUUACCUAGUAUUCAACAAACCCCGCCGCUGCCUACGCCUACCCUAAAAAUGCCUAUCCCCAGAAUGCCCCCAAUCGUCUUACCCGAGCCUCAUUCAUCUUCACCGAGCGGUACUGCAGUCCAAAAAGGAAAAACAAUAAGAAUACCCCCGCACGCUGCUUUAGUCCACGACAAUCUACAUCACGGAGGGGCUACCACUAGAGAAAGAGGAGCGAGUGCGAGCAGCUUUCUGCUCAACGCCAGAGAGCGCUCUCGGAGCUGCAUGAUAAAUAUAAACCCGCCAAUACGACCACCUUCGAACAUGAUAUCGAAAGAAAAAGUGUUGACGUUACGGUUUUAAGUUUUUUCGAAAAAAAAAAUUUUGGGUGUAUGCUGGAGGUAUGUUUUUGGUUUGUAAGUCGACCCAUUCCCGCUAUUAGUUCUCGCGGGACUGCGACGAAGCUCGCUUGGUUUAACCUAGCUAGUGCACAAAAUAUGACGGCGUAGGACUUCGGCUACCGGGGCCGCCCCCUGCCGUGCCUUCUCCUCGCCGCCGGCUCUUAGAUCCGGGCCAGAACGCUCAAACCUCGAACCGUGGCUAAACCUCGGACAUGGGGGCCUAUGAGCUGGCAUCUAGAUGGCGUUUCCGCCAGUUCAGCUCUGUGCGGCUUUGCAAGUUUCCAUCUCGGAUUCGUUGGCGCCUUUUGUGAAAUUUUCUCCAUGACUGAAGAAAAGGUGGCACUUUCGAGGAUGAGGGAAAUGGGCAAAUUUUGGGUACCAAAAUGCCCAAAAUUUGCCGGCACCCCAAAAACCGUCAACACCUCAUCUAGACACGACGGUAUGGUCGAUCGGGUCUUCCAGAAGCCUGCUUUUUUGCAUGAAAUCGACCAAAAAACCGUCAACACCUCAUCUAGACACGACGGUAUGGUCGAUCGGGUCUUCCAGAAGCCUGCUUUUUUGCAUGAAAUCGACCAAAAAACCGUCAACACCUCAUCUAGCCAGCACGCUAUGCUCGAUUUGCCUGCUCAGAAGGUGCGCUCCCGUGCCCGCACCGGUUUGAGUGAAGGGAAAUGGACCAUAGCGUGCUGUUUAGAUGAGGCGUUGACGGUUUUUGUGGGAUCUGCAUUUUUUGGCCUCGAAAUGGCGUCAAAUCAUUGAUUUUUUCCUCGGAUUUUUCCAAUUCCCCAAAAAACCGUCAACGUCAUAUCUGGACAGCAUGCUAUGGCCCAUUUUCCCUCACUAAAACAGGCCCAUCUCCGGUGUCGAUCGUUGCGACGCGUUGGUGGGCGGGUCUUGUCAGCAGUGCCAGGGCCCUGGCCCACCGGCUUACAGCCAUCAUGGCUCUUGAGCCCGGACAGGGAUUGGGCAGCCAUUUCAGGGCUUGAAGGGGCGCAAUGUUGUGGCGGGGCCUCAUAGUUUUCGCACCUUGUGCACUAGCUUCCUCUCCCAGAGUUUUACCACUUUAGAGCCCCGCAGGGGCAAAGAGGGAGGCUGCGCAGCGGCGAGAAAAAAAAAAAUUAAAAUGAUAGUGCUCAGUACCCACAAAAAAAAUUUUUUCCAAAAAACUGAAAGCCGUAACGUCAACACUUUUUCUUAUGAUACAUGAGAGGAAUGACACAUCGAAUGACCGCGCGCGACGAGAGUCAGAGCCGCAGAACUGACACUCCCGCUGGUUUAGUCAUCGCCCAAAGGUCCCCGUCCACAACACACCGUAAGUGAUACCUGAAUUACAAACGCAGCAGAUUUAUUUCCUCUUUCAACAUUAGAUGCAUACGGAAGACGAAAAAAAGAAUUCGGACUGAAAUAUGAAUGUUGCAUCUAUCUGGUCUAGUUUAUGACGAACUUUAUUUGGGUCCCCGCUGAUCGUUCAUAGUCAUGCUGCUCAUAAGGGAUUUUUUCACAUGUGUCAAUCUCUAACUUCUGCACUGGAACGUAGUCUCCUGCUGCCUGCUCUGGCUAUCACACACCAGAGGUGGUCGCCCUCGCCCACGAUUGAUGACACUUAUGUGCGUAAUAAUGAUUCACCUGCUCCUGAAUCCUGAUCAUCGUCCGUAUUUCACAGGUAGCGUCAACAGCGUGGGGAGAAUUGCGGGUGGCAAAGGUGGGCGCGGGCAGCAGGCGCGCGAUGACCAUUUCGCGAGCGGCCCUUGGGGGAGUGCAGCAAAUUCGUAUGGUGCCGGGAAGCGCAGUGGGAAGGCAGGAUGGGAGUUGCACGAAGGAGGAAAAUGGGGUAGUGGGCCGACGAACAGCGGGGGGACCGGGGGCCGUGGCGCCGCUGGUCCAAAUGCGAUCACGUGGGACGACAUGAAACAGGCGGGAGCGACGCCGGACGUGAAAUAUAGUGUGAACGACAAAAUGUUCGGACCUCGGGGCGGCCAGCGAGGUGGUGGAACGCAGUGGGACGACCAUUGGGAGCCGCAUCGCGGUGGUGGUUCCUCGUCCUCCACCGCCCGGGGGGGCUAUGGGAACAGGGGCGGACCUUCGAACGCCGGAGUAGAGCACCGGCGGAGAAAAGGCAACAUCGAUCACGACAACUGGGACACAGGCUACGCAAGCAGCUCGUCCAACGACGGUGGUUGGGGCGGAAAAGCGGACCGAGAUGUGUUCCACGUGGGUAAGAACAAGCCGGACCCAGCGGACCGAGAUGUGUUCCACGUGGGUAAGAACAAGCCGGACCGUGGAGCAGGAGCAAAUAAGGGCGGCGACUUCGAGUUUUCCGCUUUUGGCGGAAACAAUGCCACUGGACGGAAGGACUUCUUUGAUAAACGAGGAGGCGGGACGGGGCCCAGCGCAAAAGGCGGAAAGCAAGACGACUUCUUCAAUACAGGACGAUCAUAUGCAAAGCAGAGGGUGCUCUAAGCUCUAGCUCUCACACAGAAGGCGACACGACCAGUAGAUGCUUCUGAUGCCGAUGUGCAGUUAAAAACGUUAUUCCGAUUCUAUGAUUUUUUGCAUUUGUGUCAGCCUCAAUCAGCCUAAACUGAUGUAAAGGCAGCAGCGUGCAAUUCAAAUUUUUCUACAGCGCACGUUCUUUAUUGGCCUGCUGUAGUCCGCUAUGCAUUUUCAUUUUUGCAACAUCUGCAUCUUGCGACUGCCUUCUACCUCUUCCUCUUCGCGGUCCUAGUAGAGUGAAUGUUUCUCUUUUCGCGCAUUUGCGACAUAAUAAAUAAAGAAUCCUUGAUGUAGUUCUAGUUUCUGCAUUUGAGCACAAUAUGUAUCAGAAGAGAUGAGACUUUGACCACCAGGGAGCUUCUUUUUUUUCUUUUCUGAUUCUCUUCCUCCUGGGGAGAGCCGUACGAAUAAAACUUCACUAAAGCAGCAUCUCGCAGCACUUUAGUGAGGUGCUCUCUCCUUGCGCAGGCUUCUUUGGCACAGGUACUAGUUCUUAGAUGAGUCAGAAGCCUCUACUUCGUUAAUCUGCGUAUGCGGGACUAUGGGCUCUCGCUCUUCCACGUCACACUCACAACUGUGCGCACUAAAGGUUAGACUUAGAGUUCUUUCUUUUCAUAUGCAACGACGGAGCACAGGCGCGCAGUCGAAUAGCACCGGCGAUCAAAACCUCUUCAACACUGGAAAUCCGUCGUACUACUAUUAUAAGUCGAUUUUUCUACAACUCAACUGAAUUCAUCUAUGAUUUUUGCUUUGGCUAUUCAAGCGAUCUGCAUAUGAUGUGUUGGAAAACAUCACGGCCCGUCCUCAACACGAGAACAACAGAGGAAAAACAUUUAAGUGAUUCUUAAGCCCGAGAAACGUUUUACAGCUUCAACAUUAACUUCAGCGCCCAUUGUGAAACCUGAGUGCAGCUGCUUCUGUCAAUUUAGAAAACAAACCAAUGGUUGUCGUGGCGUAAAACAGCUACGGUCUCACUUUGUCGCUCGCUUUGUAGAUAUCUUCGAAAGCAUAAGCAGAUCAGGCGAAGAAGGUGAAAAUGUAGAUGAACAUGAAUUAUAAACCAAAGGUAUCAACAGCAACACGGGAAGGCGGGCGGGGGGCGUCUGAGCGACGGGAACAGCAUGGGGCCACCGCCGAAAAGGAGAAACGUUGGAUCUCGAGAAGAAACUUACGAGGAGCCCAACGCCUUCGAUGGUCUUGAUCUAGAUGCGCCUGGAGGCCCGUCUGAUGGAAAUUUUGAUCGACUGCUCGAAGUAAUCCAAGGCUUUUCAUAA